AUGGAUAGCCACCUGGAAUUCGAAUCCGCCGUCGUCCUGGAUCGUGAUGCCGCCGCCAGUGCAGGUGUAGGCAUGGACUCUGUUGCCGGCGCGGCCAUAGAGAUCGACGACGUCACCACCAUGGAUAUCGCCACUGGUUCUGUGUCCAUUGAGGCCAUCGACGCAGGACUUGGAGCCUACCUUGAACAUCCACGCACACCACGGACAGAAUAUUCGCCGAGUGUAGCAGCAACAAGUGACACAAACAACAUAAAUUCUAAAGAACAUUUGAAGCCAGUGGUUGGAAUGAUGUUUGAUAGUGUCUCUGAUGUUGAAAAAUUCUACAAGUCGUAUGCACAUGAAGCUGGUUUCUCUGUUCGUAUUGGUCAGCAAAGGAAGGGAGAUGAGGAAAUAUUACUCAAGAGGUAUUAUUGUUCAAGACAAGGGUUCACUAAGGAGAAGGUACCUGAUGCUAGUGAAGAAUCUGGGAAAAAAAGAAAGGCACCGAAACAGAUGGAAACUAGAUGUGGUUGUCCGGCACAUAUUGUUGUAAAGCUUGACAGUGACAAGAAGUAUCGAAUAGUUUCAAUGGUUGAGGAUCACAGCCAUGGUUUUGUUUCGCCAGAUAAAAGGCAUUUGCUAAGAUCCAAUCGUAGAGUCAGUGAGAGGGUUAAGAGUACUUUGUUCAAUUGUCAGAAGGCUAGCAUUGGCACCUCACAGGCAUAUCGACUUCUCCAUGUCAGUGAGGGUGGGUUUGAGAAUGUUGGUUGCACCAAGAGGGAUUUACAAAAUUAUUAUCGUGACCUCAGAACCAAAAUUAAGGAUGCAGAUGCACAAAUGUUUGUGGCACAACUUGAGCGAAAGAAGGAAGUAAAUCCUGCCUUCUUUUAUGAAUUUGAGGUAAAUGAAGAAGGACGACUUGUUCGUGUGUUUUGGGCAGAUGCUUUAAGCAGAAAAAACUAUAAUAUUUUUGGUGACGUGAUUUCGGUAGAUGCAACGUAUACCACCAACCAGUAUAACAUGAAAUUUGUGCCAUUUACUGGAGUCAAUCAUCACUUGCAAAGUGUUUUCCUUGGGGCAGCGUUCUUAGCCAAUGAAAAGAUCGAGUCAUAUGUAUGGUUGUUGAAGACCUUUCUUAAGGCUAUGGGUGGAGUAGCACCUCAUCUAAUCACAACAGAUGAAGAUGCGAGCAUGAUUGCUGCUAUUGCUGAGAUUCUACCAAAUACAGCUAAUAGAUUUUGCAUGUGGCAUAUCAUGGAUACGACCGAGAACUCAGAUGAUUUUGAGUCACAAUGGAAUUCUAUCAUGACAGAUUAUGGACUCGUGGGAAAUGAUUGGUUUUCUAAUAGGUUUGCCAUUCGUGAAUCAUGGAUUCCGGAACAAAUUCUAGCUGCAAGAGACCAUUGCUUUAUUCAAGGUAUUUCAGAGUGUGAAGAUAUAAAAUAUUUCACAAUCAACAGCCAAUCUGGAAAAGAGCGAGUUGUUCAGAUGAACAAGUCAAAUAUGUUUGUGUUGAUCAGAUAUUUGAUUUUGCAGAGAAGUGUUCUUUGA